AUGGAUCUCUCAUCCCUGGGGGGUGCGGCAAUGGUUAAUCCAAAAUUCAUUGUUCAGCCAGAUACAACGACCCCUCGUGUUCAAGCAAAUUCAAGUGCUUCUAUUCAAUAUUUGUUCUCAAAACCUCUGCCACCGAGACCUUCUUCAACGGGCGCUACCUCGCCAACACAGCAUCGUAACACACGACAGAACCGGUCACCGAACCGCUCCCCAAUCGAUGCGAAUCUAAGAUGGGCCGAAGCCCGUGGACGUCCAAUUGGUCCGCCGGACGAACUGUUCCUCAACCACGAAUACGAGGUGCGCCCACGUAUACAGCACAUUCCACAUUCUCCCCCACGAUCACGGAGCUGUGUCCCGAUCACUUGGCUCGAACAUGAGAAGAAAUGGAUUGUUGGAGAGAUAUAUGUGCAUGGUGCAUAUGAUGCUCAGCCUCAAGAUGAUACAGCGUCUUCGCCAGUCUCACCAAUUUCGCCGGUUAGACCAUGGCGCGACGUGUUUCAACGUUUUGAUGAGCACAUCGAUUACAAUAAUCGCCUUCGUCGGGAGGAUCUGCUGGUCCAGCCUCCGCCAUAUGACGAACACGGAUUUAUUCAAACAUACGACGCAGCUCUAGGAGAUGAUCGGGUUUCCAGCUGGGUUCGAAUUGCCCAAAGAAUGCAUGAGGAGAGGCGGAAUUGGGCAUGA